CCAUUUUGCUGAUGUUGUGACGUCAUAUCAGCUGUGUGAAAGUGAGGUUAGGAGUUCCGCGCCAAGCGACAACAGUGGCCCCUCGCUGAGAUAUUUUGAAGUAGGAGUUGUAUAAAAUUAGGCGCGAGACCUCAAACAUCCUGAAGAAACGAAAAGUUUUUUCAAAGAAUUUUCUUGUUGGAAUUGCAUUUUUUAUCAUCCUCAAACAUUAUACUUAUCUUUUUAUAAACCAGGCAAUAUAAUAUCAUUAAAAAUGAGAUAGAGGCAAAGUAAAUUCGCUAUGGGAGAUAUGAAAAGUUUUGGACAAAUAGAGGAUGCAGGUGCAAAAUGAUGGGUUUUUUGCCGGAUUUGUGCUCAAUCCUUCUUGCUAAUGAUGGAGUGACCUCCGGGUUGUCCCAGGAUUAUCAAAUCAUGGACAAAUAGGGGAUGCUAGGGCAAUUUUUUUGGUUUUCACUAGAUUUGUGGUCACUUCUUCUUAUUAGUGAUGGAGUGACCUCCGGAUUGGGGAUGUCAUCCCAGGAUUGUCACAUCCUGGACAAUCCAGGGAUGCUGGUGCAAAAAUUUGGGUUUUUCGCCGGAAUUGUAGUCACAUGGAAGUAGAAGAAGUAAUCAGGACUAAUCCUGCCUUGCCAACAGCUAAGAAUGAUUGUCGGGCUAGUCAGGCUGCUGAGUUGAAGUGGACACAAAACGCAUCUUGGAAACGGGAUUAGUACCUACUAAUACCUUUAAUUUUCUUUUCUGGACAUUUAGAUCAAUUUAGAUAUUUUUUUGCGUAAAAAUAACAACAAUAAACAUUAACAAAUCACCCCAUAGUCCAGCUAUGGAUUCUUCCACAUUUCGAUAAAUUUAUCAUUAUUUCUUUGCGAAAAAUAUAUAAGUCACACCCGAAGGGAUUUAUAAAUAAAAUCAGAAUGACUCGAAGGAUUACAUGUCCUUGUGGGGUUGUCAUUGUCGUGUGUGAUUUCAUUGACGCACUCGUAAAGCUGAAUUAUGUUGCCAUGGCAUCAAACAUAACAGACAAGUCCAGUUCCUGCCCUUCCCAACUUUCUCAGAGGUGAAAGAAAUAGGCUUUAUUAUCCUCCUGGGUAAAGUCGCGAGUGGGUGUCCCAGUCGAAUGCGUCGAAAUGGGCAUUUUUGACAAAUUGGCGGGAAUUUUUCGUGUGCGCAAGGAGGAAGUGCAUAUCCUUGUGGUGGGACUCAACAAUAGCGGAAAAUCCACCAUUGUCAACCACUUUAAGCAUCCAGAUGAAAAGUCCACCGUAACAGUUCCAACAGUUGGUUUCAGCGUUGAGAAAUUCCAGAAUCAAGGAGUCCUUUUCACGGCAUUUGAUAUGUCUGGAGCGGGACGCUAUAGGAGUCUCUGGGAGCACCAUUUCAAGUCAUGCCAUGCGAUUGUCUUUGUGAUUGAUUCCAGCGAUCGAAUGAGAUUGGUUGUUGUAAAGGAUGAAUUGGACAUUCUCACACAUCAUCCAGAGAUUGCCCAUAGAAAAGUUCCCAUCCUGUUCUUUGCAAACAAAAUGGAUUGCCCAGAUGCUCUAUCGAGUGUCAAGAUUGCAGCAGCUUUGGGAUUGGAGAAGAUCAAAGAUAAACCCUGGCACAUCAGUUCCAGCAAUGCUCUCACAGGAGAGGGUUUGCAGGAUGGUGUGCAGUGGCUUGUAAGUGAAAUUCGGAAUGGAUUGUGCAACAGAAAACCUAAUCAAAGAGCUAAUCAAUAAAAAAUUACUUGCUUUUCCUCAUACAAUUGCAAAAAAUACGCUUGAAAAUAAAAUCUAUUUUGAACAGUCAAAAAA